GUGAUAUACUACAUCUUACUUGCGUUUCAUGCCUGUCAGAAAGCUGAGUGUCGUCUGCUUGGUCUGCCUACAGGAACACUCCAAUAUUUCGCAAAGAACACAGGCUAAGAAUGUCUUGCAAACCACUCAAAGGCAGGCUUGCGAUCCUCACAGGGGCAUCAGGAACUAUAGGGACGGCCAUCGCGGCGAACUUGGCUGCCAAGGGCUGCAACCUUGUUCUCAGCUACUUUGUUCCUGAAUCUGCACCUGCGACCGAGGACCUUUCUGAAGCUCUCCAGUCAAAGUACGGCAUCAAGGCUUUCGAUGUACGUGGAGACCUCGCCACGCCGACCGGCCCUGCAGACCUUGUGCGCGCAGUCAAGAAGCACUUCACCGAGCGGGAGCCGAACAAGCCUUUCCAAAUUGACAUUUUGCUUAACGUGGCCGGUAUCGCCCUGAAUAACAAGCUCCCGGAAAUCAAGGUCUCGGAGUUUGAUACCACUUUCCGAAUCAAUGUACUUGCCCCCUUGAUGCUCGUGCAGGCUGUUCAACCACACCUGCCAACAGACCGCUCAGGUCGAAUCAUCAGCGUCUCAUCCAUAUCAGCGCACUGUGGCUUCGUGGGCCAAGCAGUGUACGGCGGCACCAAGUCAGCUAUUGAGGGAAUGACGCGUGUUUGGGCUAGGGAGCUUGCCGAACAUGCCACGGUGAACUGUGUUACACCAGGUCCUGUGGAAGGGCCAUUGUAUGCGUCUAACACGGACGAGUUCAAGAGGGAGGCCAAAGGCUGGAUCGAGCACACACCAUUGAUGCGUGUGAGGAGUGGUAUUGACCCUGAAAACGUCAUCCAGGACGCAAAGACUACAGGAGGCCGUCCGGCUUACGCGAAUGAGGUCGCCGGCAUCAUAGCUAUGCUUUGCUUACCAGAUGCGGCAUGGUGUACGGGACAAGUUGUUUGUGCUAAUGGUGGAAUGCUAAUGUAAAGGGAUAGGUAAUACUAUAGAGAUAAUAAUAUAAGGUACCUAUUGUAUUAUAACUAUUGUUAUCGGUAUCGUGUUCUUUCCAAGCGCUGGGUUUUGAGUGCUUACCACCGUAUGAAGGCG